AUGAGCUGGUCCCGAGGGGCUUGCUGGUGCCCCGAGCUCUGGCGCUGCCUUUCAUCCUCCGCUGGCCCGGGACCCCCUCCUUCCCAUGUGGCCUCUGCAAAAUGGGGCAAAAAGCAUCUUCCUGCAGGCCUGGGAGCUGCUGGUGGGUCACGGUUAUGCCCUGGGGGCAGUGGGGCCAAGUGCGAGUUGUGUUGUUUGGAGCCAAAGCGAAUCUCAUCAGGGCGAGAGGAGCCUGCUACGGCUUCAAUAGAAAACACACUUUUAUGGGAGUAUAAUCCUGUGCCCAAAGGCCGCUGUCCUCCGUCCUUGCCGUUCGGCCGUCGCCGCGGUCCUGCCGAGUGCCCUGGUUUCUGGCAGCGCCGUGGCCUGGCUGUGGCUCUGCCGCAGGAGGCUCCGGUGCUUCCCGGGCGGCAGCUCCGCGGGCUGCGCGGCUCCCUGCAGCGCCCGGCUGGCCCUUGGCUGCUCUCCAUGGGAGAGCGGCGCGGCAGAGCUGCCCGGGGCCGUUUCGAGAUCCGCCUCUGCAAGGAAAACAAGCAUGAGGAGAAAGCCGCGGAUCCCGGCGGCGCGCGGGAGGAGACCCCGGCAGCGGCGGCGAUGGGCAGCAAAACGUGGAGGGAGCUGGCGGCGGAGCUGAAGCUGUUCCUGUGGAACCCGGAGGAGAGGACCUGCAUGGGCAGGACUGCCCGCAGCUGGGGCCUGAUCCUGCUGUUCUACGCGGUGUUCUACACGUGCCUGGCGGGGAUGUUCGCCUUCUGCAUGUACGUGAUGCUGCUCACCCUGAGCCCCUACACACCCACGUACCGGGACCGCGUCGCCCCGCCAGGAGUCAUGAUCCGACCCCACCUGAACGGGUUCAACUUUGCCUUCAACGUGUCGCAGCGCAGCACGUGGCAGCCCUACGUGGACAGCAUGCACCGCUUCCUGCAAGCUUAUGAUGACAAGGUUCAAGAAGAGAAGAACAUCGAGUGCGUGGCGGGGCGCUACUUCAUCCAGGGGGGCCCCGAGGGCGAGGAGAAGAAGGCCUGCCGCUUCCGGCGCUCCCUGCUGCAGAGCUGCUCCGGGAUCGGGGACCCGACGUUCGGCUACUCGCGGGGCCAGCCCUGCAUCCUGCUCAAGAUGAACCGGAUCAUCGGCUACCGACCGGGUGCCGGGGUCCCGGUCAGCGUGGACUGCAAAGUGCAGAAGGGCAAUGAGAGUGACCUGAGAUCAGUAGACUUCUAUCCUGGGAAUGGCACGUUCGAUCUCAUGUAUUAUCCCUACUACGGCAAGAUGACGCACGUCAAUUAUACAUCCCCGCUGGUGGCUAUGCACUUCACAGACGUGAGGAGGAACAGCGUGGUCCCUAUCCAGUGCAGCCUCAACGGGAAAGGUAUCGUCAACGAUCUGCACAGCGACCGCUUCCUGGGCCGCAUCAUCUUCACGCUCAGCAUUGGGAAGUAG